AUGGCCUCCAGCGAGCACCCGUCGGUCGCUGCCGUCUUCGAGGUCGUCUUUGACAAACGGGUUGGCCACACGGUCUCGUGGAAGCGCAACCUGCCCGAUGUCUCCCUCGAUGGAGUGGAGUACAAGUGCUUGCCGUCGGGCUUGCAUGGAGUCCGCGAAGAUCUCGUGUACUUUGUGCAUGGAGCGUACGCUGGAGUAAGCGCGUUUGUGCUGGGUGAUGCGGACGAACAACAGAGGAACGCCAACUUUGUCGCUGUGGGUGCUUUGGUGCCGUUGAGCUUUGGGAGGUUGGGCAAGAGCUGGAUACAUGCAGCAGCCCUGAGGGAGCUGGCACGGGAACGUGUCAGAGAUGCACAGAGGUCGCAAGGACUAGAGCAGUUUUGGAAGGAGAACAAGGGAGAGAAUUCCGGCGAUGGCACUCCGGUCUCCCCUUCAGCGGUGCGAAGAGCAUCACUUCCUGUCACCGCCAUCGACGCAAAUCGGAAGAGAAAGCGAGCGACGUCGGAUGCUAGUGGCAAUAUGUUCCCUGCCAUGCAAGCUUUCCCCCCCGACCAUCCUGCGGUUUCGAUGUUCGCCCUCCUCGACAUGUUUGGCCCCCUCAUCUUUCCCCUGCAUCGCGCCACCCUCCUUCGAAAGCGAAUCUUACUCUUGACCACACCUCCGGUGCAAGAGAGUUGCAACUUUGUCUACCUCCUCUCCAUCCUUUCCAGCAUCCCUCGUUUCCUUGCAGACAGUCUUCCACCAGAAAGCGAGUUGGCCCUACGGAUACAGACUCUCUUCAGCGUCGGAGUCCACGACAUUCCUUUUCUGGGAGAUGAAAAGAGGAGGGAGCGAUGGCUCGCGUGUACGACGGACGAUAUACUUGAGGAGAAGAGGGACUUGUAUGAUGUCUUUGUCAGAUUGCCAUCGCAUACCGGCCCAAGCUAUGAAUGGCCUCGGAUACGGACUGCCGACGGUAAAGAUAUCAGAGCAACCCAGCGGGACUUGCGAAGGUAUCGACUGCUCCGCGCUGAGCUGGAUCGCACUGUCCCUGCCUACCAGGAUGAUCCCGAGGAAGCCAGCAGCGACAGCGGUGGAGCAUCGAGUCCACUCAUGCGUGCAUCUACGAAUGCUCUCGUUGAAGAAGCUAAGCAUACUCGGCCAGGUGACAGCACCAUAUGUGAGCCGGUCUCAUGGACUGCCAUGGCCUACAAUGGGUUCAUGUGGUGGGCAUCGGCGGGGGAAAUGGAGGCUUGGGAGAACGAGGAAGCACGGGCGGAUCGGCAACUGCUGGAAGAACUUCCCGAGAUGGAGGAUUUGGCACAACACAUGGCUACCAGCUCGUCGGGUGAUGUGCAGGGGGGAGAGCCGCAGGUUCGGCUGAAGAUGGUGGCAGCAACGGUCUUGACGGCGUACUUCCACCACAUGACCGCGGACAUUUUGCAGCCGUUGAUAGAUGCGGUGGAGGAGGCGGAUGAUGCGACGGAAGAAGGGGUGGCAGAUGCCGCGAUUCACAUCUCGAACGAGGAUAUGCGUGCGAUGGGGUUGGACUCGUGGAGUGCUGCAGACCGGGAGUUCGUGGCGGAAGCAUUGCGGCUGUAUUUUGCCCGGGAAUCAAAGAUUGAGGAGGGCGGGCUGAACAUUUGCGGUGUCAGAGUGUGCUAG